AUGAUCACCGCCUUAAACCAUCUCCCAACAUUCACCAACUUCCAAGAGGCAGUUAAAGGGAUACAGCGGGUGUCAUACUGCACUGGCGCUAUCCCUCUCGAUGCGAACACUUCGACUGUCUUCUAUCGCAUUGACGGGAAGACCUUCCACGUAGAUUUCGCAAAAGCCUCGACGGAAGAUCUCAAGCUUCUUGCAGAUUCAUGCCAGCCUGCGACCUUUGGAGUCGGUCAAAAAGACGUCUUCGACGAAAUCUAUCGCAAGGCUGGCAAGAUGGACUCUGCGAACUUCGCCACUCAGUUCCACCCGUACACUUGUGGUGUUGUAGACGCUAUCCGAAACACAAUGCUUUCCCCACAGGACACUGACCGUGAUCUCAAGGUCGAGAUGUACAAGCUCAAUGUUUACGGGCCUGGCGCAUUCUUCAAGGCUCACGUCGACACUCCGCGCAGCGACACUAUGUUUGGAUCCCUCGUUGUGGUGCUCCCGACAAAGCACGAAGGUGGUUCUCUCGUAUUUCGCCACCGCGGGACCGAAUGGACCUUUGAUACCGCCCAAGCUGUCUCUACCGGCGCGCCGCCAGAGUUACGAGCUGCUUUCGUCGCCUUCUUCGGUGAUGUUGAGCACGAAGUCUCAGUUGUCACCUCCGGAUACCGCGUCACCCUCACCUACAAUCUCUACUACGAAGAUUCUCACCCGCGACGCGAAGAACCGGCUCCUUCGCCCCUGCCGGUCCCUACCCUGUCUGCCCUUCUUGCUGAUCCCAACUUCCUCCCUGAAGGUGGGUUGAUCGGGUUUGGCCUGUUCCACAAGUAUGCGUUCCGCGCCGAAUACCCCCGGACUAAACUCUCCGAGAUCGAGAGAAACCUGAAAGGCUUGGAUGCCGCCGUACGCAACGUCUGCAAAUCCCUCCACCUUGCAGCCUCGCUCAAGACCCUUUACCGCGACAGCAUGCGCAAAGCAGAGUUCUGUCUCGCUAAUGAAUUCGCCGACUUGGGCUACCCAGCAGAAGAUGGCCUGUUGUGGUAUCUAAUGGAGGCGGAUGGUGCUAUACUCGCGUAUGGAUAUGGGGAGGAGAAAAGGUUGAAGGGUGAUAAUCCAGCCGACAUACCCUCGGUUGUAUGGAUCACGGAGGCCAGCGCGGUGAAUAAGUUCGAGCUUACCUACAUUGAUGCGUUUGGCAACAAGGCGGGGUUGGGCUGCGCGUACAUGCAGCUUUGCCUCAUCGCAAAGGUUGGGCCAGUUGGCAAACGAGCUACAGGCGAGCAGCCUUGA